AUGAAAUUGCCGACUGCAUCAUCGUCACUCAGAGCCCAGCUAUCGUCACUGUCGUCAGCGGCCACAAGGAGCGCCGUCCACCGGCCCUGCUUUGGACAUGUCGGCCGCGCCUUGAAGCCCCUAGCGGGCCGGUCGCAGAGCACCCUCGCCAGUGCCUUUCACACGCCUGAGCCAACCAGCUUCGUUGGCACGACCUUCCAGGGCCGAUCCGGCCGCGACUAUGUUGUCCAGCAGGUCCUGCAAGACCGACAAGACCGCUUCGUCUACCUGGCCGAAGCCGAGGACAAGAAGAGAUAUGUGCUGAAGAGCCUCUUCGACUCCGAGUACAACUAUGCUCUCGCCCUCCAGCCCAAGCUGUCUGACAGCCCGUAUCUCAGGGCGGUGCAGGAUACCAUUCCGGGGCAGAAGAUGUUUGUGAACGAGUACCUCUCGGAUCACCUGCUCAAUUUCGCCUGGAAGCCGCUGCCGCUGCUCACCCAGAAGCGCAUCCUCCGCGACGCCCUCAGGGGUCUUGCAGCAAUGCACGAGCACGACAUUGCCCACCUGGACAUCAAGGCCAACAACAUCAUGGUUGAUUACCACGAGACGGAUGACGGCCUCGUCGUCGACAGAGUCCAGCUCUCCGACCUGGAGGAUGCCACGCACAUCCCUCCCAGACAGGCCCUCCGCGGCCUUCAGGUCGGCAACCAUUGGUGGCGAUCUCCCGAGGCUCAUGUCAAGGGUGCCAUCAACAAGCCUACUGAUGUUUUCUCUUUCGCUAUUGUGUCUAUUUUCCUGCUUCUUCGACGUGUGAUUUUCUGGAUGGACGUACCACAGUCCAGCGACCCCAGCUUUGCCAUUCUGGAGAAGCAAAUCUCUACCUUUGGCGAAUGGGACGAUAUAGACGAUUUCCUUGACUACUUGGGCCGGGGACACCCCUGGCGACAGAGUUUUAGCAAAAUGGCUGGUUCGUUCGGCGAGUCGAACCCGCGACGGCCAUUUUCCCUGUGGAAGAGCGAUGUGCUCGACGCAGACUUCAAAGACUUGGUCCGACAGAUGACCAACUUCGACCCGCGCAAGCGUAUCACGGCGCAAGAGGCACUGGAGCAUUCGUGGUUCAAGGACGUACCGGACACCGCAUAG